ACUAAAAAAUGUGAUUUAUAAAAAAAGAAUCCAUAAAGAAAGAAUCCAUGAGGUGGUAGUGAGUACACUAGCCUCUCUUUACUCUCUUCUCAAUCUAAAACCCUAGUCUUCAUUGUUGAAUUUUGGAGGGGCUUCCAUUGAUUUUUAUCGGUGGAAAGCCCCAAUUGUUUGUUUUUGUGUGCUUUUUAUAUUGUUUUAGGUUUAUAAUAAUUCUUCCUCUUCUAGGAGGAAUAUUUCUCACUCGAAAGACAGGGUUUUUUUUUUCUUUAGGAAGAUUUAGGUUUAUAAUAAUUCUUCCUUUUCAAUUGUUUUAGGUUACUAAUAAAUCUUCCUUUUCUAUUGUUUUAGGAAGAAUUGGCUCCUUUGAAAGACCGGGUUUUUUUCUCUCUUUUGAGGGAGGAUUUGCUUUUUUAUUUUAUGGAUUGCUAUAGAGUUGUUUCAUGGAUAAAAUUUUGUGCGAGAUCGAAAAAGAGGUAAAUAUUUCAAUUACAAUUUAGCGAAUCAGACGGAAAUUUUCUGCACGGCUACAACAAAUCGAUAGACCCCCUCGCCAAUGAAAGGUAUAAAUCAUAACGAUAUGAAAGAGGGUAUGAAGAAUGUACAAUUUGCAACAACGAUCGUAGCUUUGCUUACGGAAUGUUUUUAUUUGAUUCGAUUAUUAUGUAUUUAUUAGAUCCGAAUCUCUUUGUAAAUGUCGUAUGAAUUUAUUUAUGAAUCAAUUUUAUUUCAAAAAAAAAAAAACCAUUUGGUAGUGUGUUACGCUCCCGCCCGCGAAAACACACCGUUUCUUUUCCCGCCAAUACGAAAAAAGACCCAUUUCUCCAUAAAAACUUUUGCUUCUUCCACUAAAAUCAAUUUCCAAAAUUCAACCCUCCAUUUUCAGACUUUUUUCGCCAUUUUCUCCCUUCUGCUAAAUUAACCUACUGAGAACCAUCAAUGGACGACGAUUUGCAUUUUCUCGAUCAAAAUAAACUCCCUGAACUUAAGCUCGAUGCAAAGCAGGCUCAAGGGUUUCUAUCAUUUUUCAAAACCCUACCUCAGGAUUCUCGAGCUGUUCGGUUUUUUGAUCGUCGGGAUUAUUUUACUGCCCAUGGAGAAAAUGCAGCUUUUGUCGCAAAAACUUAUUACCACACUACCACUGCCCUUAGACAAUUAGGUAAUGGUUCUGAUAGCUUAUCCAGCGUAACUGUAAGUAAAAGCAUGUUCGAAACAAUUGCUCGUGAUUUACUCUUAGAAAGGACAGACCGCACAAUUGAGCUUUAUGAGGGUAGUGGCUCUAACUGUAGGCUUGUGAAGAGUGGGAGUCCAGGAAACUUAGGAAGUUUUGAAGACAUUCUAUUUGCAAAUAAUGAAAUGCAAGAUUCUCCUGCAACUGUUGCAUUGUUACCGAACUUCAGGGAAAAUGGUUGUACUAUUGGAUUGGGUUACAUUGACCUUACCAAGAGAGUGGUUGGUUUGGCUGAAUUUCUUGAUGAUAGCCAAUUCACAAAUGUGGAAUCAGCUCUGGUAGGGCUUGGUUGCAGAGAAUGCCUUCUCCCAGUGGAUGUUGCGAAGUCUACUGAAGGAAGGGGGUUGCUUGAUGCAUUAUCAAGAUGUGGUGUGAUGGUAACUGAAAGGAAAAAAAAUGAGUUCAAGGCAAGGGAUUUGGUGCCAGAUCUUGGAAGGCUUGUAAAAGGUUCGAUUGAGCCUGUUCGUGAUCUAGUUUCAGGACUUGAAAUUGCUCCUGCUGCUUUGGAAGCCUUAUUAUCUUAUGCAGAAAUGCUUUCAGAUGAAACCAAUUAUGGAAAUUUUACUAUUAAGCCGUAUAAUCUUGACAGUUGCAUGAGGUUAGACUCUGCUGCUAUGAGAGCAUUAAAUGUUAUGGAGAGCAAAAAUGAUGCUAACAAAAAUUUUAGCUUAUUUGGUCUGAUGAAUAGAACCUGUACUGCCGGAAUGGGAAAACGAUUGCUUCACAUGUGGCUGAAACAGCCUUUAUUGGAUGUUAAUGAAAUAAAUGAUCGGCUGAACUUGGUACAAGCUUUUGUGGAGGAUAUAGAACUUUGUCAGGAGCUUAGACAACAUCUAAAAAGAAUAUCUGAUAUAGAUAGAUUAACACGCAAUCUUCAGAAGAAAAAAGCUGGUUUACAUCAUGUUGUAAAACUUUAUCAGUCAAGCAUAAGACUUCCAUACAUAAAAAGUGCUCUUGAGAAAUAUGAAGGGCAAUUCUCCCCCCUGAUCAAGGAAAGGUUUUUCGAGCCCCUUGGAAUAUGUAGUGAUGAUGAUCACCUAAACAAGUUUGUGGCCCUUGUUGAGACUUCUGUUGACCUUGAUCAACUUGAGAAUGGUGAAUAUAUGAUCUCAUCUGGUUAUGAUUCAAGGCUUCUUGAACUGAAAGAGGAACAAGAGUCACUUGAGAGCAAUAUAGAUAGUCUUCAUAAAAAAGCUGCUGAUGAUCUUGAUCUCACUGAUAAAGUUCUAAAGCUAGAAAAGGGUACACAAUUUGGACAUGUAUUUAGGAUAACAAAGAAGGAGGAACCAAAAAUUAGAAAAAAGCUUACUACACAGUUUAUUGUACUAGAAACACGAAAGGAUGGUGUCAAAUUUACAAAUUCAAAACUCAAAAAAUUAGGGGAUCAGUAUCAAAGGAUACUUGAAGAGUACAAAAAUUGCCAAAAGGAACUAGUACAGCGAGUGGUUCAGACUGCCGCUACAUUUUCUGAGGUAUUUGAGUCUUUAGCCGCAUUGCUAGCUGAACUCGAUGUUUUGCUUGGUUUUGCUGACUUGGCUACAAGCUGUCCUACUCCCUAUACUAGGCCAGACAUAACUCCAUCAGAUGUUGGAGAUAUUAUAUUAGAAGGAAGUAGACACCCCUGUGUUGAGGCACAAGAUUGGGUGAAUUUCAUACCAAAUGACUGUAAACUUGUCAGAGGACAAAGCUGGUUCCAAAUCAUCACUGGGCCGAAUAUGGGUGGAAAGUCCACUUUCAUUAGACAGGUUGGUGUAAAUAUUUUAAUGGCACAAGUGGGAUCAUUUGUUCCUUGUGACAGAGCCACCAUUUCUGUUCGUGAUUGCAUAUUUGCUCGUGUUGGUGCUGGCGAUUGUCAAUUGCGAGGAGUGUCCACUUUUAUGCAAGAAAUGCUUGAGACAGCAUCAAUUUUGAAGGGAGCCACUGACAAGUCCCUGAUAAUUAUUGAUGAGCUGGGCCGAGGGACAUCUACUUAUGAUGGAUUUGGCCUAGCUUGGGCAAUUUGUGAGCACAUUGUUGAUGUCAUCAAGGCACCUACUUUGUUUGCUACCCACUUCCAUGAACUCACAGCAUUAGCACAUGAUAACAGAGAGGGUGAACCUUCAAAUAAAAAGAUUAUUGGUGUAGCAAAUUACCAUGUUAGUGCACACAUAGAUUCUUCAAGUCGUAAGCUGACCAUGCUCUACAAGGUUGAACCAGGGGCUUGUGAUCAAAGUUUUGGCAUUCAUGUUGCUGAAUUUGCCAAUUUUCCUGAAUCGGUUGUAUCCCUAGCAAGAGAAAAGGCUGCUGAGCUGGAAGACUUCUCCCCUGCCACAAUAAAUGCUGUUGAUCUUUCGAAACAGGCGGGACAAAAACGGAAAAGGGAAUUUGAUCCCGAUGCUGUCUCUCAGGGUGCAGCAAGGGCUCACCAGUUUUUGAAAGAGUUUGCUGAGCUUCCAUUAGAACAGAUGGAUAUGAAGCAAGCAUUGGAUCAUGUCAACAAAAUGAAGAGUGACUUAGAGAAGGAUUCAGAGAACUGUCAUUGGUUGAAGCAGUUUCUUUAGUUUUCUCAACUCAGACAGUCACAGCAUCUCCAGAAUUUUGUUCAUAUCUGGAAGCUGCAUAUUAGGAUUAGUUGGCGAUCUUGGAUUAGGAAGCCUAGGUGAACCUAUCACACUUUUCCCAUCUUUGAAGCAUUAAAUUCAGCCCAGUCAAGCUAGAAAAUGCAGGUUCUUCGAGAUGCUCCUAUUUUCCUGUUAAUAGAGGUGGGUGGGAAUAUGAGGUGUAAUGAGGAUAAUGAAAUGGAUAUAUGUUUCAUGAUCUUUUGCCUUUGUAGAUGAUAAGGGUGGCGUAAUGAAUCUUUAAGUUCCGAAGAUGUAAAUGAUGCAAAUACUGUUAUGUUGUAAGAAAGGAGUUCAUUGAUCUACAAGAGUUCCUUGUUUUGUAUGUG